UAUUACAUUAUAUUAUCAGUAAUAAAAGAAAUAAAAUAAAAUAAUAUAUUUCUAUGUAUUAGUUUCUGAUCGAUGGGCACUUUAAAACUUGUUUAAUAGUGUGAAGUAUUGGAUAUCAUAACUACGCUAAUUUGCAGUUUUCAUUCAUUAUUCGUGCGGACUUUGACAUCUAAGCAAAAAUAAAAAAUAUCAAUUGAACUUAAAAUGUUUCCAAUACAUAUUCGAGUUAAUAAACGCACGUUACGGAUGAAAUUUCAUUAUUUUCUAUAUAUGGGCGGUGUUGCGUCAGUUCAAGGAUUUGCACCUACCAUAGCGAAACAACUAGGUUAUUCGCCGAUGGUAGUCGGUUUUGUUUUUACAUAUUUGUCCAUGUUAUCCUUUUUUGUGAAACCCAUUACAGGAAUUUUCGUUGAUAAAUUUCGCGUGAAAAGAAUUAUGUUUCUCGCAUUUGUUUUGUUAUGUGGUCUUACAGCGUUUGCUUUAAAAUUCAUCCAAAAAAUACCGAUCGAAGCUGUUGCAAAUUUAAGUUGUAAUACAACAACAGAAUUACAUAUUUGUUCAACUAAUGACGACUAUUUGCCUCAAUGCAAUGACAGUUUAUUUAAGUUAAUAAAAAAUAGUACAGAACCCGUCGAAUGCCAAUUACGCUGUGAUCAAAAUGAAUCAUUUCGGGAUGAAAUAGAUAGAUCUUGGAAUAUCAUUGACUAUAAUAUAACUCCAAAUAUUGAGUAUAAAAACAAAGAACUCGAAUAUCUCAAUGUAACUUUGAUUAUCAAUGUAAAAGAUCAGAUCGAACAAAACUAUGUUUUUCAAGUGAAAUCAGUACACAUCAUUAAAACGAAAAUUGUAUCACCAUUUUGUAAGAGACCGGUUAGUACUCGGUGCAAAAUAGACUGCUCAGACGAUGUCAUAAUGGAAUUGGCGAGUGUUCAAAAGUUUGAAGGAAGUAUUUUUGGUUUACAUCAGUUUUGGGAAUAUUUGAUUGUUAUGAGUUUAUUUUGGAUAAGCCAAGCAAUAACUUGGAGUCUUCAAGAUCCUAUAUGCUUUGAUCUUUUAAAUGAUAAGCCUGAAGAUUUUGGCAAACAAAGAUGUUGGGGAUCCAUAAGUUGGGGACUUUUCUCGGUUUUUGGUGGAGUACUUGUUGAUUAUUUCAGUAAUAGUAAUAAUCAAAAAAACUAUGUUCCAAUUUAUUAUUUAUGCCUUAUAAUAAUAUUAUGGGAUUUUGCUUUGGCUUACAAAAUAGAAAUAACUGAGACAGUUGGAUCUAAGAAUACAUUUUCAGACGUAUUCAAAUUAAUAACUAAUUUUAAUGUUAUAAUCUAUUUGAUAUGGAUUAUAGUGAUGGGAAUUUGCACAUCAAUGCCAUGGAAUUAUCUAUUUUGGUACAUGGAGGACUUAACUCGAAAAUAUCACAGCAAUAAACAAUAUUGGAUAAAAACUUUACAAGGUUUGGCUAUAGGAAUUCAAUGUAUUGGCGGAGAAAUGCCAUUCUUAUUUUUUUCUGGUUGGUUCAUCAAACGAAUUGGUCAUACGUAUUGCAUGGCGUUAGGUCUUUUCAUUUUUGCUCUUAGAUUCUAUCUGUAUUCUAUAAUUACUAACCCUAUUUGGAUACUGCCAGUCGAAUUCACUAACGGCAUUACAUUUGGAUUGUGUCAUGCCGUCUUGGUAUCAUAUGCUAGAUUUAUAGCUCCACAAAAUUCUGCCACUACAGUAGUGGCGCUUUCAGGAGCUCUAUUUGAAGGUGUCGGUACUUCUUUUGGUGGUGUGGUCGGUGGAUUUUUGUACCAAAUAUAUGGAGGAGAGCGAACAUUUAAAUUAUUUUCCUAUGGCUCAUUAAUAAUGGGUAUUAUUCAUAUAAUGUGUAUAAAGUUAAUUAUUAAGUCAAAUUAAUAUUAAUAUUUUAUUUAAAAAAAAGAGAAAGAUUUCUUUUGUAAAUUAAGUUAGGUUUUAGUUAUUGAAACUUCUCCAGGCAUUAAAAUGAGGAUGUAAAUAAUUUGAUGAUUAAAAU